UAAGCGCAAGCAGAGGGAUGAGUGAGGUUCCUGUCAAACACAGACAUAACAGACCAAAUAAAGCGUCACUAGGGCUCCAUAAAAAUCUAUUCUACUUCCAUUGAAUGGGAUAUAACAGUAAUUAGGAUGACCUGGCACCGUUCGGAUCGCAUUGUUGAUUAUUUGUAAAGCGGGGUGGAGUUAAAUUCUCGUCUUCGGUUAAGUGGCUAAUGCUAACGAGUUGGCUGUCUGAAAAUAGCGGAGGAUCUGACGUGCUCGAUUACAAGCGGAAGUGUUGAAUUACACGUGACCGAUCUGACAAGCGGCAGGAUUGUUUGUGGAAACAGAGGGAUGGAUGAAGAUAAAAGAGCAACUUCUGAACGGAUUCUUCUUGAACCCUACAAGUACUUGCUACAACUGCCAGGAAAACAAGUCAGAACGAAACUAUCUCAGGCAUUCAACCACUGGCUCAAUGUCCCAGAGGACAAACUUCAGGUCAUUAUUGAGGUGACCGAGAUGCUUCACAAUGCCAGUCUGUUGAUUGACGAUAUCGAAGACAGCUCUAAGCUGCGGCGUGGUUUCCCCGUCGCCCAUAGCAUCUACGGUGUGCCCUCUGUCAUUAACUCCGCCAACUACGUCUACUUCCUGGGCCUAGAGAAGGUCCUCACGUUAGACCACCCCGAGGCCGUGCGCGUCUUCACCCGUCAGCUGCUGGAGCUGCACCGCGGCCAGGGUCUCGACAUCCACUGGCGCGACACGUACACCUGCCCGAGCGAGGACGAGUACCGCGCCAUGGUGCUUCAGAAAACCGGUGGUCUUUUUGGCCUCGCGGUGGGACUCAUGCAGCUUUUCUCUGAUUGGAAACGAGAUCUAAAACCACUUUUAGACACCCUGGGACUUUUCUUCCAAAUUCGUGACGACUACGCCAACUUGAACUCGCCAGAGUACAGCGCUAACAAGAGCUUCUGUGAAGAUCUGACGGAAGGGAAGUUCUCUUUUCCCACCAUACACGCCAUCUGGUCGCGACCCGAGAGCACGCAAGUGCAGAAUAUAUUGCGCCAGCGCACCGAGAAUGUGGAUAUUAAACGUUAUUGCGUGGACUACCUGGAGAAGGUGGGUUCUUUUGCUUACACGCGUCAGACGCUAAUAAUCCUUGAAGCAGAUGCAUACCGACUGAUCGAGAAGCUGGGAGGAAACCCCGAACUAGAGGCCCUGUUGGAGCACCUCAGUUGCAUGUACAAAGCGCCAGAGGGCGGGGUUUCAGUCAGCCAAUCAAAAUAGCCUGUGACCAGAACUUCAGACAACCAAUCAAAUCAAUGACCUGUGGUAGUCACAUCUGCAUACGGUGUUUAAAUAACUGAAAAAACUUUUCACAUUGCAAAUACUGGGAAUUACAUCAAAUAACAUCCAGGCACAUUAGUUCAUUGUAAUGUAAAUAUUGUAACGAUGCAUCUUAAUGAUCCUUAAAAUAGGCUUCAUUAUCUUUAGUUGGUGUGAAAUGAAACCUAGUCAUGUUUUUGUGAUAUUCUCCCAUUUAUUAUAAAAAUAUUAUAUGAAAUAAGAGAUUAAUGUCUUUUCUGAUGAAUAGUUUAAUACCAUGAAAACCUCAUUGUGCCCACUGGGCUGCUGAUGCUUGUGUUGUCAUGGUGAUAUGAGUGUCAUCGGUUUGAAAUGAUCCUAAAUCUACAUAUUUGAUAAGGUGUGAAGUAAGGAGAGGGAGACCGAUAUAUCGGUUUUAUUAAAUAAUCGGUGCAGAUAAGUUGCUUUUUUGGAACUAUCGGUUAUCGUCAAACAUCUUUUUGGGGGGGUCUUAGUGCCUUCCUGAGCUUAUGUCCUACAAAUAUAUAAUUUUUUU